AUGGCUACAGCAGGUUAUACACGUCCUCAAACUUAUUCAUCAAUUCGAGACGAUGACGAUGAUGCACUUGAUAUUCAAAUAGAUUCGGAUACUACACGUUCAACGGCAAGUGGUGGUGUUAAAAAACUUCAUGGUCAAGUGCAAGAAGUUGUUGGUGUUAUGAAGAAAAAUAUCGACAAAUUAUUAGAUCGUGAUGUUGCAUUAAAUAAUUUAAUGACACGUGCUGAAGAUCUUGAAACAUCAGCUACAACAUAUAAUCAAACAACAAAACAAUUACGACGAAAAUAUUGGUGGAAAAAUGCAAAAACGAAUGUUUGCAUUGCUGGCAUUGUUAUCAGUGUUAUUUUGAUUAUCAUUAUGGCUAUUGUUUUCAAUCGUCGUGGAAAGAACUAA